UUAUUUUUCAGGAAAAAAAUUCUUCAUCAAAGUUGCGUAAAUUUUGAUUCCAUUACCCUCCUUCCUCACUCUUCAGCUUCCACGACGAAGAAGGUGUUGAAUCCUGAUUAAGAAUAGAGAGCAAAUGAUCUAAAUUCAAUGCCAAAAUAAAUUUUCUGGAUAUAUAAUUGCGAGAUUUUCCUCCGAUCCAAUCUGACAUCAUGAAAUCUGUAAAUGCGGCCGCGCUAAAGAAUACUAGCGAUAAUCGAUCCAAUGGUGGGUCGGAGCAGAGUCAGCUCAAAGUUCCGUUCAUAAUCGGUGUUGCCGGUGGGACUGCGUCGGGUAAAACGACCGUUUGCGAUAUGAUUAUCGCGCAACUCCAUGAUCAGCGUGUUGUUCUCUUCAAUCAAGAUGCGUUUUAUCGCUCCUUGAAUGAUGAGCAGUUGAAGAAAGUCGGUGAGUAUAACUUCGAUCAUCCAGAUGCCUUUGACACAGAGCUUCUUCUUUCGUGUGUGGAAAAGUUGAAACAUGGAAGAGUAGCUACCAUUCCAAAUUAUGAUUUCAAGACUCACCAAAGAGUUGAACCAGGCCGUGUGGUGAACCCCUCUGAUGUCAUAAUUUUGGAGGGAAUUCUCGUUCUUCAUGAUUCUCGUGUACGUGAUCUUAUGAACAUGAAGAUCUUUGUUGAUACAGAUUCUGAUGUUCGUCUGGGAAGGAGGCUACGGCGUGACACUGUCCAGAGAGGCAGAAAUGUCGAGAAUGUCCUCGACCAAUAUGCUAAGUUUGUAAAGCCAAGCUUUGAAGAGUUCAUACUCCCAUCAAUGAAGUACGCCGACGUUAUAAUCCCUCGAGGGGCGGAUAACGAAGUUGCAAUCGACUUGAUAGUACAACACAUUCGUACAAAGCUUGGCCAACAUGAUCUCUGCAAGAUUUACUCCAAUGUUUUUGUUAUAUACUCAACUUUUCAGAUACGAGGGAUGCACACGCUUGUAAGGGAUGCAAAAACUACCAAGCAUGACUUUGUCUUCUAUGCAGAUCGUCUCAUUCGUUUGGUUGUCGAACAUGGUCUCGGCCAUCUUCCAUUCACUGAAAAACAGAUCACUACACCUACAGGAUCAGUGUACACCGGGGUGAUUUUCUAUCAAAGAUUGUGUGGUGUCUCAAUCAUCAGAAGUGGGGAAAGCAUGGAGAACGCGUUGCGAGCGUGUUGUAAAGGGAUCAAAAUCGGCAAAAUCCUAAUCCAUGGAGAUACUAACACCGGUGCAAAGGAGUUGAUAUAUGAAAAGCUUCCAUCAGAUAUCUCUAGUCGCCAUGUCCUAUUGCUGGAUCCCGUUCUCGCCUCAGGGAAUUCAGCGGUGAAAGCAAUAUCUGUGCUGGUGAGCAAAGGUGUUCCAGAGUCGAACAUAAUUUUCCUGAAUUUAAUCGCAUCACCUGAAGGAAUACACGCAGUGUGCAAGAAAUAUCCGAAAGUGAAGAUAGUGACGUCAGAGAUAGAUAGAGGGCUUAACACAGAAAUGCGCGUCAUUCCAGGCAUGGGCGAGUUUGGUGACCGCUAUUUUGGGACCGCACCCAAACGCCUUCCUACUCCUACAUCCCAACUAUAAUUAUUCACCAUGCAUUUUUUUUAAAUAUACUCCAAAUAAAUCUCAUUUUACUGCUGCUUCCAAAAUUAUGCUUAUCUUCCCCUCUCUCCUACAAACAUAAUUCUACUUAUACGAUCCUCUAUGUUAUAUGGCCAUUUGGUUUUCAUGAAAUAAAAUUGUUAAAAUUAAAUGGAAA